GCACCAGAAACGGGUCAGAAUUUUCAUCGCCCGAACCGCCGAUGGCGCGAACCCAUCGUCCAUGCUGAUCCAUGCAACGGUUGCAGCGCCCAGUUUGCCGCGCAGGUGUACAUUGGGCCCGCCAUGCUGCGCGCGCUCAGGUAGUGUGCUGGAGGUUAAACCACCAGGAUCACACCACCUUUGGCACGCGUCAUCGGUCGGGUUGCCGGAGUUUUUCCUCGGAAGGGCAACAGCCACUUCGGGUCAGCAACAAGGAUUUGGAAGUCUGGGCCAAUGACGUGCGGGGCCAUGCCUACAGCAGGGCCUGCAUGGAACCCUACACGGUGUCGACCGUGAGACACUUCGGGAAAGGAGUUGAAUCACCAGAUGGUUGGUCUGCACACUUCAUCUCCACUAGCGGAUUGAAGUCCAGCGGUGUCCCAAAUCAGGACGCCUAUUCCUUCACGACCCUCCAGUGUGGCUGGAUCCUUUGCAUCGCUUGUGAUGGACACGGGGAGCAUGGCGAGAUCAUCGCAGAGCGAGUGUCACGAGCGCUUCCCCUUUUCUUCUCAUCGUACUUGGUGCAUGGUACCGAGGAGGCACUGCGCCGGGCCUUUCAGUCAGCACAGAAUGACCUCGAGAGUAGCUUUGGCCCUAUGCAGGUCUACAGUGGCGCCACAGUAGUGAUGUGCUGCAUCGACAAGGACGCGGAGUCCGUGUGGUGUGCCCAUGUUGGUGAUUCGCGAUUAGUGGUUGGCGACAUGGACACUGGUCAACCCGUUUUCUGCAGCAUUGAGCACAAGGCACAUGACGCGGAAGAAUACAAACGCCUUGAAGCAGCAGGGGCGCAAGUCAUCCAGAAGAGGUAUGACGACGGGGAAGUUGUUAGCCGCAUCUUCAUCCCUAAGACUGGAGUGCCUGGGCUUGCCAUGUCACGAUCCAUGGGUGACGGAUGCCUCAAGAAGUAUGGUGUGACCGCAGAGCCUGACAUCUCCAAUAUUACAGAUUCCUGGAAGAGCUGUGCUUUGCCUGGAAUGAUCAUGGGCAGUGAUGGUCUUUGGGUUGCCACCUCGGGAAACUGUCGGUGGUUGAUUUUCUUCUUGAUUACUGGCCUGGCUUUCGCCUUCCUGGCCUUUUUGUUGCUCCUCACGGCGCGCCGGAGCGGCGGUGCCGGGUCUACUUCUGCGCUGCGGGGGGCACCGGUGCAGCUUUUGGGCACCCGCCGGGAGCAGAAGAAGCUGAGGUGGCCGGUGAUCACUAGGUUACGAGCCCAAGCCAUGCUGGAGCGCAGAAGGAAGACUCUGCGAGAGAACGUGGCUGAAGAAGAGGCUGACCAGGAGGUGGAAGUGCUGAAGGGAGGGCAGAUGAAGGCCCUGGAAGAUAAGAGGCCAGAAGAAGACCAAAUGGCGCUGAGGGGAAAGGGAACACCAAGCCAAGGAGGUGAAUUCCUGAAGACGCCCUCACAGCCAACCCUGGAAGAUGAUAUGGGGAGAACUCCACGGCAGGAGGAAACCCCAAAGGAGUGGAAGACUCCGAAGACCCCGGUUGAGACACCCCGGCAAGCAGAACCCCCGACAAGCUCCACAAGAGAAAGGGAAGAGAGAGGAGGAAGAACGGCAUCGGCAGCCCAGACCCCCUUUCACAGACCCUCAGGAGCACCUGAGACCAGCCCCCAAUGGCCUGGGGGACCCAAGACCAGCCCGACCACGCUCCGACCAGCCAACCAGCCAGAACCACAACCGCUGUUCGACGACGAGCAGUUGAGGAGAUAUGAAGAGUUGCGGAGUCAGGCACCGAUGCUGAACCCGCCCCAAGUCCAACAGAGGACACUUGAGGAGAUGCGACCUGAAACUCUGAGAGAGGAGGAGUUGAAAAGGUUGAGAAAAAGAGAAGAAGAAUUGGAGAUGGAGAGGACCAUGCUCCUGAGAGAAAGAGAAGAGUUGCAGAGACUGCUGCAACAGAAAGAAAGAGAAAAGAGCCGAGAGAGGCAUGAGGAGGAGUUGCAGAGACUGCUGCAGCACAAACAAAGAGACGAGAGCCGAGAGAGGCAUGAGGAGGAGUUGCAGAGACUGCUGCAACACAAAGGAAGAGAUGAAAGCCGAGAGAGGCAUGAUGAGAGGCGCCAGAACGCCAUAGAAGAUGAAGAUGUCCAGUAUAGGACCCCUGAAGAAGAAAGCCAGACAGCCAAGAAGCUGUUUCAAGACGAGCUUGAGGAGGCUGACAGACCCCCAAAGCCCGAGGCUGAAAGACCCCCAACGGCCAGAGAGGCCACAAGACCCCUGAAGACAGAAGCUGCGGUUCCUCAAGGCAAGAGGAGACCCCAGGAACGUUGUCCGAUAGACCUGAACGAUUGGUUGGCGUUGAUUGAGCCAAUCAUGGCAGACCUCACAGCCACCUCACACGACUGGUGGGACAGGCUGCUGAAAGAAGCAAGACAGUGGUAUCAAGACCACAUGGCUCUGAGUCCAAUGGACAGGCUGACACACGAGCCACAGCCUUCCAAAGACUUGGACCGGCCCAAGUGGAUCCGCCUAGAAAGAAGGGCGUCCACACUGCUCAUGAUGAGCAUCCCUGAAGCCCAGAAGGAGGAGCUGGUGUCGACGAAGAGGAUCACAGCUCUGAAGAUCAUCUGCCACCUCUUCACGACCUUUCAGCCUGGAGGAUUGGCUGAGAAGGAGGUCAUCCUCAGGUCGUUGGAGAUGCCACAGGAAGCAGCAACAGUGGCAGAGGCAGUGAGUUCACUGAGGAAGUGGAUGAGAUGGAGGAGACGAGCAAUGGAGCUUCAGGUGAGCGAGCCUGAUCCCUUCCUCUUGCUCAAAGGCUUGGGACGCAUCGUCCGCCGACCUUUGGAAGCCAACAGAGAGCUGAAUUUCAGGAUCAGCUUGGCCAGGUCGAUGCUCCAGGUCGACUCGACCCCCACGAAAGACACAGUGGGAAAGUUCUCGACCCACCUCUUGGCUGAGAUGGAACAGAUAGCACACCUUGAAGGCAGCAAGAAGAGCACCAGCAAGGACACGCAGAAGCAAGCACAGCCAGAGGUGAAGGUCAGGAAGACUGAAGAAGAACCCAACAAAGAGGGAAGUCCGGAAAAGAGCGGAAAACCUUGGGAGGGGAAAGACAUGAAGCCGACGGCAAAGGUGGUGAAGAAAGAGGAAGCCACCAAGAAAGAAGAGGUAGCCAAGGAAGGCUCCAAUGAAGGAGACAGCAGUGAAGCCAUGAAGGGACUGCUGGAAGAGGCCAACAAGAUGUUGAAGGCCUUGCAACAAGGAAAGAAUGAAGAAGACGAAGGGAAGGAGGUCAGGCUGCAAAAGUUGCAGAAGCAGCUUGAUGAACUCAAGACCCUGAAGGUCUUCAGGAUCUCCAAGAUCCACACAGAAGGAGGAGACUAUGGUCUUUUAGACUCUGGCGCGACGCACGCCUUGAGAGGAAGACAGCCAGGAGAAUCACUCAAGGACUUGACAGAGGUCCGAGUGACGUUGGCCUGUGGUAGAGACGCCACACUGAAGAUGACAAGAGGAGGAACAAUGAUUGGCCAACAUGAGGAGACAGAGCCAAUCGUUCCACUUGGAAAGAUGGUCAGCCAGCUCGGCUGUACGGUGGAAUGGGAUGAGGGAGGCCUUGUCGUGGUUCACCCAGAGAGGGGAAGACUGGACACAACACAAAGAGGAGGAUGCCCUCACAUCCCAAGACCACUGGCCUUAGACAUCAUCCAGGAGCUUGAGGAGAAGUCUGGAUGGAUGAAGAAGAUGAAGACCAAAGAAGAAGACGAAGAAGAUGUCUUGAAGAAGAUGGUGGCCGUUCAUCCGGUCUUCAGAGACCUGCCAGAGGAGGUAAAGAAGGAACUGGUGGUGACGCCAUCAAAGGAUUUGACAGCCCUUCCAGGGACUCUGCACCUGUUCGCGGGGGAGGACGACGGAUUCACCCUGAGCCAGGCAGUGAAGAGUGCAGGCGGCGAUGUCCAGACGCUGCUGUUGUACGUCCUGGCAGUCCACGUCGAGAAGACAAAGGACGAAGAAGAAAAAGAAGAAGGCAUCAAGAGAGACGCCAAGACAGAAGAACAGAAGACAGGAGGAGAGGGAUGGAAGAAGAUCAUCCUGGCUCUCGAGCAGCCGAGUGCUCCUGAGUACCUCCCAAAGACGGUCUCCUUCUGGUGGACGGACCAGUGGAGAAAGAUGAAAGAGAUGUACGAUCUGCAAGAGAUCAAGUUCAACCAGGGAGACUGGAAAGGAGAAGAAGGCGGCAAAGGCUGCAUAAAGCCCACAACGAUCGGCGGGAACGUCGAGAUCAAGGUUCCAGAAGAGAGGAACCCAGAAGCCAAAGGAAGAUCCCAAGACAGGGUCCAAGACUCAAAGAGCCUGAGCCGAUGGGUGCCGGGUUUGAUGAAAGAGCUGGCGAAGUCCGCUCCACACCGGCGCUUGAACGCCAAGAAGGGACAAUUCCCAAGAGCGGGAGUGUUGUCGGUGGACACCACAGGCCCACUAGUGAAGGGUGAGGACCUGAUGGGAAACAAGAUGAGAUUCCUUCUGGUGGGUGCAUACACAUGGCUUGCACCAAAGGAUUCACCUCUAGAAGACAAAAGGAAUGAGAGAGUUCCAGAAGAGGAGGUGGAUGCGAUCGAAGGGCUGAGGAUCGAUGACAGUGAAGGAGAGGCUGAUGAUGAAGCAGAACACACAGAGGAGGAUCCCCAACAAGACCCCCCUGGCAACCCUGAGGAGCCCCAAGGUGGUGAGAGAGCCAUCAACCCCCAGGAGCCACAAGAAGCAGCCAAGGAGGAGGUGGAUCAGCCAGAGGACUUUGAAAUCAAGAUUUUCAGACUGGUGACUCCCUUGCCCUCGAAGGCGGGGGGAGUAGUCCUCCAAGCAGUCAUCGACAUGAUCCUCAAGCUCAGAUCAGAUGGAUUUGAUGUUUCCCAAGUCCACUCCGACAACGGAGGUCACGGUCACUGGGUGAAGCAAGAAGAUGGGACGACCAUCGUAGCCCGGUUCUGCAUAGCUGAUGUGUGGAACCCCGUGACAGAUCACUCGUGGCUGGCAGUCAUGACAGAGAUGCCAGAUCCACUUGAAGAAAGAAGAAGAUUGAGGAGAAAGACGCCACCAGAGUUGGCGAAGAUGGAGGUUCAAGAAGAUGAACCAGGGGAAGAGGGGAGAGACCCUGAACCCAGAAGAAGAUCAAGACUUUUGCAGCUGAUCAUGGAGGAGAUGACAGCUCUGAUGGAAGACCCCUCAGAAGAGGCCCUGAAGACGACGAUGCAGUCUGUGGCCAAGCUCCGAAUGAUGAUGGAGACGGGCACGAGUGAAGACGUUCUGCAGACGAGGAUCGUGGGCCUGGGGGAGGUGAUGAAAGACCUUGAAGGAUGGAAGAAGCCCAUCGAGGAAGAACUGAAGUCUUUGGUGGAAGACAAGAUGGCCCUUGAAGCCAUUUCCAAAGAGGAGGUGGAGAAGAUGUUCAGGGCGGCACACGCCGAAGGAAGAAAGCUGGAGGUGGUGCCAGGAAAGCUGGUGACGGUGGUGAAGCCCGCACCAGAAGGAGGAAAGAAGAAAGCCAGAAUAGUGGCGUGUGGAAACUUCACGGCGAAAGAUGCCCAGGACGAACUGUACGCGUCCACUGGUGAUGCAGUGACUCUGAGGAUCAUGAUGAAGUUAGCAUCAGAAAACCAGUGGGACGGAGUCACGUUAGACAUCCGUACAGCGUUCCUCAACACACCAUGGGAAGACAUGGAUGUGUUGGUGAAGCCACCCCACUUGCUGAUCAGGAUGAAGCUGGUCGAAGAAGGCACGCUGUGGCGGCCGACGAAGGCCUUGUAUGGCUUCAGAAAGAGCCCAAGGUUGUGGGGAAACCACAGGGAUUCCACGAUGAGGAAGAUGGAAGUCCCACAUGAAGGGAAGCGACACAGAUUGACACAGCUGGUGUCGGAACCCAACCUCUGGAGGAUAGAUGAGGUGAAAGAUGAAGAUGAAGAAGAGGAGAAGCCGAAAGGGCCUCCAAAAGCCCUGAUGAUGGUCUACGUGGACGACUUGUUCGCCACAGGUCCAACACAGCUACUGAAGGCGCUGACUGAGACCAUCAAGAAGGAAUGGAACACCUCAACUCCAGAGUGGAUCAACGAAGAUCCCACAAGAUUCCUCGGCAUGGGAAUCUCCAAGACCAAAGGAGAGGAUGGUCUUGAAGUCUGGGCAGCAUCCCAGCAGGACUAUGUCAAGGAGUUGCUGAGGAGGAACGUGGGGGAGGAUGAGAAGAAAUGGCCCAAGAGAAAGGUGCCAAUCUCCAAGGAUCCACCGGCUGAACACCAAGAAGAGCCAAAGGUGGAAGGAGUCAGGAAGGCCCAGAAGAUAGUGGGCGAAGCACUCUGGUUAGUCACGAGGACCAGACCAGACAUGAUGUAUGCCUUGGCGAAGAUGGCCAGCCAAGUGCUGCAUCAACCCCAGUGGGUCGCAGAGAGCGCAUCCCAACUGUGGGGAUAUAUGGCUGCCACGAUCCAUGAAGGGAUCACCUUUGAGAAAGGUGAAGAAAGUCACGGCUCAGUGAUUGUGACUCUGAGGGGAGCCCCGCUGCUAUGGAAGAGCUCAAGGCAGUCGACGGUCAGCCUGAGCACAGCGGAGGCAGAGCUGAACGAGCUCAUAGAAGGAUUGAUGAUGGGGGAAAGUGUUGCAGCGAUUUUGGAGGAGCUGGAACCCCACAUCAUGAAGAUGAUGGCAUCAGACUCGCAGGCAGCGGUGAACAUCUGUCUGGCAGAAGGAGGAAGCUGGAGGACCAGACAUCUGCGCUUGAGAGCAGCGCAUGCCAAACAGAGAUUCACCAAAGGAGACUGGCUGCUGCGACAUUUGCCAGGCGAAGACAUGCUGGCAGACAUUGGGACGAAGAGCCUGACGUCAGCCAGGCUGGAAAAGCUCAAGAAGGGGCUUGGCAUGAAGAAGAUUGGAAAAGAUGAAGAGAAGAAUGAGGAGCCAGAAGAGAAGACGGCACCAGAAGAGGCAGAGAAGAUCAAGAAGAAGGAACAGGGGACCAGAGUCCCAAAAGAAGUAGAGAAGGCACUCCAGUGCGUGGCGUUGAUGAUCGCCAUUCAGGGAGCCAAAGCUCAAGAUGAUGAGGAGACCGAAGAAAGGGCAGAGAUGUUCCACAUUGAGCUGAUUCUGAUGUUUGCUCUUGUGGGAGUGGUCUCAGUGAUCCAGAGGAUCAUCCCUUGUCUGAUGGGCUGGCUUCGGAGAGACCGACAGCCUGAGGAAGAGCCCACAGAAGAAGAAGGAAGCAGGGUGAGAGGAGCACCCACAAGACGCCAAGAAGAACAGGCGUUGAGGACCCCAGAGAGCAUCAGGAGGAGAAGGAGAGUGGAAGCCAGGGAUGAUGAAGACACAGAGGAGGAGACAGACCCAGGCGUUCCAUUCCCUCACGGAGAUCGUGAUGGGAACCUCUUCCUGAGGAAUCCGCCGGGCCCAAAAGCACCGCCAAGACAGCUGGCACACAUGUAUCCCAUCCCAAAGGGACAGCAGAAGGGCCAGCAAGCAGGCCAAGCAGGCACACAAGUAGGCCAAUUGGGCCUACAAGCAGGCCGACCGGGCCAACAGGCAGGCCAACAGAAAGGCCGACCACAACAGGCAGCUAGCAGCAGCACAACACCGGUGCACAUGCUUGUGCCACCACCACCACCACAAGAGCCAGGCGCAGAGCCACCACGGCUGGUGGAGGAGUUCUUCCAAGGACUCGUACAAGAAGAACACGAGCACCCAGAUGAUUGGGACCCGGAGACCCAUGGGCAGAUCUACCCAGGGAAAGGAAGUCCACCACAGGCAUACUUCCAAAGGAUGGCCGAGAAGGGUCAAGCCAAAGGGAGUGAAGAAGGAACGCCGAUGAAGGGCGCCAAGAAAGGAAAGAAAGGUGAUGAUGAGAUCGCGCAGGCCAAAGGCGCGAAAGGAGAAGGAAGCCCACAGAAAGGGGCACCCAAGGGCCAAGGAAAGAAAGGCCAGACAGAAGGUGAAGAAGUCCCAGAGAAGGGAGCACAAAAAGGAGGAGGAAAGAUGGCCGAGAACGGCGAAGGAGAUGACGAAGCAGCACCUCCAAGAGUGCCAAGUGACGAACAUGGCGUGGCACUGCCGGUGUACAUCACGCCAUGUGGCACAAGAUUCCAUACAGGGGUCACCUGCCCGACUUUGGCGAACUCUGGAUGGAUGGUGAGGUCGCCGUGGUGCCCUCUGUGCUGUCUCGGCCUCCAGCCGAGCUCCGCUCCCAUCCUCUACUCAGAGGGACCGGGGAGAACGGUGCAUAGCCGACGAGAAUGCGCUGGGCCGAUGCAAGGCUACCCCAUGUGCCAACGAUGCCCUAGACUGAGGGCAGACGAAACGACACAGGCCCAGGAAAACCCGCUAGGUGUAGAGCGUGUCGAGACAGUGGUGGAGCGGCCCCAGGAGCGAUUGAAAGAUGCCAAAGAUGCGUCCAACGAGAAGCUGGAAGAAGAAAAUCUACAGAGCCUCAUUCAGAGGAUAGACUGGAAUGGUUUGUAUGUGCAAACCAAGCACCUUGGGGCCAAAGCCUAUGUCCAAACCAAGCACCUUGCUGCCAAAGCCUAUGACACCUUCAAUGAGGGCAUGGUGUCAAUGACCAAGAGCAAGCCGGAAGCCUGGUGGAACGCCUACCAGGUGAAUCAGGAGAAGUUGGCCGAUGUCGAUCUGAAGCCCGUGGUGGUCUUCGUGAAUACACGAAGUGGAGGGCAGCAGGGCAUGAAGGUGCUCAAUGAACUGCAAGCCUACCUCCACUGCGCCCAGCUUGUCGACCUACAACGGGGCGGGCCGGAAGCUGCCUUGGGAUGGUGGGACAAGACCGCCUUGCAGUACCGCAUUUUGGUGUGCCUUGGAUGUGGCGCAUGGUUUAAAUAG